AUGGGCGGACAGCGGCAGGAGCCCAGAGGCGCCGAGCGGAGGUCGCAGGCGGCGACUGCAGCUAACUCGAGUCGGGAAAAUGCGACAGCGACUGCCCACUCGAGGUCGUCAUGGCGACAGCCAGUGAACGUGUUCCUCUCCUCAGGCAGGCCCCCGAGUGUAGAGGAGCUGCUUCGAGAGGCGCAGCUUAAUCUCCAGAGCCUGUUGCAAGAAGAAUAUGAGGAGCAGUACUCAGAGGCCAGACUGCUGGGGCAGACCUUCCGCUCUGCUGAUGAGGCCCCUGAGCCCACUCCCAGCCCAAGGCCCCAGUCUGCCAGGCGUCUGGAGUUUGUAUUGAUGCCUACAAAACAGCAGCUGAGCGAGGAUGAGACUACCACCCAGGGUGUGAGGGCCCCUGAGGCCUCCCUGAGCCUGUCUACCACAGCCGACAAGCAAGUUGCCUGGAAUACCCCCUUCCCUCUGCCCAUCCUAGAGGAGAAGCGGUGGCUUCAGCCUUGCUCCACGCACUCUGACAUUGUGCCCAUCAACAUCUCUGGGCAGCAGUUCGAUAAACAUGCAAGUUUGCGACACUCCUUGUUUAACACAGAGACAGCCGUGAACCCCAAGUCCACCCUGAGGCGGAGGCGGACCAUUAUUGGAUUCUCUAACUUUUCACAGCAAGACCAAGGUCUCAGCAACAGCCCCACAGGCAGGUUGGCUUGCUCUACCAGCUCAGACAUCAAGCCCAGUCAUUCUGUUCCAGAAGGUGUUCAUGGAAGAGUUGCCAUUGGUGAGGAAGCUCAUUUCCCAAAUCUCACCUCACCAGUACUGAGAAAGCCUUCUAGUGAUCCUGACGAACCUCUCCAGGUGCGUGGUGGCACCAAGCCUCCUGGCAUGGAAAGCAUGGGAAUGGUGUAUAGCGUCUCCAGUUCUUGCAAUGGACCAACAGAAUCUACAUUCUCUGCUUUGUGGAAAGGAGAUGCUUUCACCUAUAUGACUCCAAGUGCCACCAGUCAGAGCAAUCAAGUCAAUGAAAAUGGAAAAAAUCCUUCCUCUGGGAAUUCAUGGGUCUCUCUGCACACAUUGCCACCUCUGGUUCCUAAGGAGGCUGCUGCACUCUUUGUCACUCGUGAUAACCCAGCAGGAUGCAGUGGAUCAGCUGGCUACUCUGAACACCCUACACAACAAAGGCAAGUAUCAGAGCGACCCUUCAAGAUUGGCCUUCUGACUGGUGGCACCUCAAGGCUGGAUACAGGCCCAGGUGGGGCCAGCAGGUUCCGGGAGCGGUCACUGUCUGUACCUACAGAUUCAGGCACCACAGAUGUGGACUACGAUGAGGAGCAGAAGUCCAAUGAAGCCUGUGCCUUGCCUUAUGCCAGUACAAGUUCUGAGGGCAGUAACAGUGCUGACAACAUUGCCUCCAUUAGUUCCCAGCAGGAGGCCCACCACAGAAGGCAGAGAUCCAGGAGUAUCUCACUCAAGAAGGCCAAAAAGAAGCCUUCCCCACCAAUGCGCAGUGUCUCACUGGUCAAAGAUGAACCAGUCCUCUUGCCAGAAGGUGGGUCAGCACUAUCCAAGGACCAGAGGCCCAGGAGCCUUUGCCUCUCCUUGGAACACCAAGGACAUCAUUCAUCCCAGGGUCACCCAGCUGUGCCCACCUUCAAAGACCCAGAAGAUACACAAUUCUCCCACCACUGGUAUCUUACUGACUGGAAGUCUGGUGACACCUACCAGUCCUUGUCCAGCUCCAGCACUGCCACUGGCACCACAGUUAUUGAGUGUACCCAAGUUCAGGGCAGCUCAGAGUCUCUUGCCUCCCCUUCCAUCUCCAGAGCUACUACACCUUCCCAACUCUCCAUUGAGGUAGAGGCUAGGGAGGUACCCUCUCCAGGAAGGCCCACUGGGCUGAUGUCACCCUCCAGUGGAUACUCCAGCCAGUCGGAGACACCAACACCCACUGUCUCCAUGUCCUUGACGCUGGGCCACUUGCCUCCUCCAAGUGGUAGUGUCCGGGUACGUCCAGUGGUACCCGAGAGGAAGUCAUCACUGCCCCCAACAUCGCCAAUGGAGAAAAUUUCAAAGUCACGAUUAUCGUUUGACCUACCACUGACCUCUUCUACCUACCUGGAUCUGUCUGGGAUGAGUAUCUCCAUACGAAGCAAAACCAAGGUGAGCCGGCAUCACUCAGAUACAAAUUUUGGGGCCAAGUUGGUCCAGAAAACUGGCCCCAACCAGCCAAUCAUGCCCAUGGUUACUCAGUCUGAUCUACGUUCUGUCCGCCUCAGGUCAGUAAGCAAGUCUGAGCCAGAAGAUGACAUUGAGAGCCCUGACUAUGCUGAGGAGUCGGGAGAAGUCUUCACCUUGCUAGAGAGAAAGAUGAAACCUCCCAUAGCUGAGAAACCCCCACUGGCUCGAAGGCCUCCAAGCUUGGUCCACAAACCACAAUCUGUCCCCGAGGAGUACCCACUAACUUCGCCUACAUUGGCUAUAACCCCUAAGAGCUCAAUUCAAUACAUGAGGCCAUUCCCUCCAGACAUCUACACGGUGGUGAGGAAACCAAAGUCCUCUAGCUUCCCUGAGGCCAGAAGCCGAGGGGAGUCAACAGCACCCUCAGCUCUUGUUUUUACACCUUUUGCCAGUUCCUCUGGUGCUUUCUGCUCAGAAAACCAGCAACCUCCCCAGGGAAGUACAGAGGAUGAGGGCUCUAAGGUGAGAGCCCUGCCUGAAAGAAUUAGCCUCCAGAGCCAGGAACAAGCUGAGAAGAAGAAAAGCAAGAUUCCACCUCCUGUACCAAAAAAGCCCAGUGUGUUAUACCUGCCUCUCACCUCACCCACAGCUCAAAUGGAGGCCUAUGUGGCUGAACCAAGGCUGCCUGUCAGCCCCAUCAUCACCCUGGAAGAAGAUGCCAAGUGUCCCCCAACUGGCGACCACCUGCAAUCACCUGGUACAACAAGGACGACUACCACCCCACAGGCUGAUGAUGGAAGGGAGGCAAGCCCUUCAGGGAGUAUUAUGGAACCAAGUACUGAAGAAAAAAGUGUUAUCAGUGAUAAAACAGCUGAAUGGAUUGCAGAAGAUGAUGAUGAUGUGUUUGUGGCUUCACGUACAACUGAAGAUUUAUUUACUGUGAUACACAGGUCCAAAAGAAAGCUGCUUGGCUGGAAGGAGCCCGGUGAGGCCUUUGCCGGAGGCAGCAGACCAAGCUCCCACUCACCAAUAAGGAACACAGCUGAUUCUCCAAUUAGUGAGUCAACUGCCUCUGCAGGGUCAAGCGGCAGUAUCAGCCUAGAUGCUGGCAGAAACGAUGAUUUCAAGGCCUUGCUACAAAAGAAGGGCAGUAAGGCAACUCCAAGGUCCCGCCCCUCAGCAGCAGAACUGCUGAAGACCACUAAUCCACUUGCUCGGAGAAUUAUUGCACAGUUUUCAAAAGACUAUGACACCACCGAUAGUCCCAGUACCUAAGCCCUGAGUUGAGCAAGUAGGGAUCAGUUACUAAACUUGAGUAUAAAAAGGGGAAGAGGAAGGGUUCUAAAAAGAAACCAUGGAAAUAACAAAAAAGCCUACAUUUCUUUUACUUAAACUCACACUCCGGACAGCAGGAGAGAGACCACUUUAUCUAGAAAUCAUCAGGCACUUUAAUCAUACGCAGACAUUUUAUGUUUUCAUACUUAAAAUCUUGCCAUUAUUGACUACAGAUUUUCUUCUUAUUUUCUGCCCAUGGUGUGCACCAAGAAGAAAUUCUCAGAUGCAAGGGCACACAUGCAUGUUUUCAAUGAAUGACCAGCUACUCCAUCCCUGGCUCCUAUUACUAAGGAGAACAGUGUAAGAGCAGAUUGGAGGCUGUCAAACCUGGGGAAAUAGGGAGCCGUUGCUGAUUAUUCACUUCCUUGGUGAGGCCUUAAUGACUUGUGUGGAGAAACAGAAAGACUCUGAUGCCUCUUCAACCACAGUUUAACUCUCUUCCACUGGGUUUGCAGGUGUGCACUUAUUUCGGCAUGAGUUGAUUGGAUGGCUUUUGUGCAAAAUAUGAAUGUUACUUGGCCCUGAACUUCAUGCCUUUUUUAGUUUGAUUGUCUACACGGUGAUCAGGGUGAUGACGUUCGAUAACAUACAGACCCUUCCCCCACACACACCCCUUAGCUAGAAGAGGUCAGAACCUGGUUACUUUGAAUGAAACAAGCUCAGCCAACAAACAAGGCAGCCAUUUGUCCACCCUGAUCUAUCUGAGGUAACUUGCACGCAUGCUUUCAGACCCUUCUAUGGGUCUGAAGCUAAACAAUGAUAGCUAAAAUCUGUGCCCAGCUUAUGCUGCAUUCAAAGAACUCUCAUUUCAUUGGCAUAUAAAAUUCAUUACAGUAAGUAAUUAGCUGAACUAAUGGCAUCACCAAAGGCUCAAGGAGUAGAGAAAGUAAGUGUAAACUUGCCCACCACCGUUCAAUUCAGAUUGUGGUUUGUGGUUGGUUGGUUUUGUUUAAAGCAAGUCUUACUAUGGUCCAGAACUGAGAAUGCAUAAACUAAAAGGAUAUAUCCAGAAUCUAAAAGGCAGCUUUGCAAGUUGCUUUGGCCCAUAAUACAAAAAAGGCCUAAUUAGUUAACCAUGUGGGGAAAGAGGGUAAGAGCUGGGUAAAUAGGAUGCUGAUGGAGCCCCAGAACAAUCAUUGUGACUCCUCCUGACCGCUCCCCCUCCCAAAGCUAAUAUGCACUAACUCUUCUUGUCAGCUCAAUUUUCUAAUCAAAACCAGAGCAAUGAUUCAUUUGAUUUUCAUAUGUCUGGUUUCUGGGAGGUUGGGGGAAAAACAGACCAAAAUUGAACAAAGAAAACUGGUUGAGCAAUAAUGGAGAGGUAACCGUCCACUGUCCAAGGAGGGGAAAAGAAGUCAAAUGAAAUAGUAGUCUGUCUCACAAAGAGGGUUCCCUUACCCUUUACUUCUUCACGCCCUGCCCCAACAGAUUCAUUGGUCAACUUCCUAGAGGAUGCAGAAACUGCCCCAGAGACAAGCAGAUCUUAAUUUUGAUAGAUCGUGUUGCUCACCAAUAAGAAGCAAACUCUUAGCACAACUGCCCACACUCCAGAGAACAGAGCAGCUGAAAAACCACACUGUGUGCUGAAAAGACUUAAGCCUCUCACACAGAAGCCCUGGGCCUAGGCACUUGGUUGGUACAGGUCUGAAUUCUAGACUUCUGAGUACAGGCCAGACCCACCCACUCCCUUGAAAUCAGCACUUUCCCCUGAUUUAUACCAAAGCCACUUAAUAUAAUAAACAACAAAAUCCCAGCUGCUUUGUAAAGAAUUCAAACUAUUUGGUUUGUAGUAUGGAUGUUGAUGAUAGAGAGCAAGUCAUUCUCAACAUAACAGAAGGACCUGACUAAAUUUCAGGGGUUUUACCUGAAAUAAAAUAGAUUCAUUACUAGCCUUAAUUUAUAUAUGAUUGCCACACUUGUCUGUCCCAGUCUCAGAAUUCCAAAAGAUGCAAACAUUUUGCUCUGUAAGGAAAUGAAGGAGAGUUUGUGCUUUUGCCUAACAAAGGUAAAGAACAGCCAGGGCCUUCUUAAGAACCAUUAUGAAUAGCUGAACUCUAAAGCCAAGUAUAAGACUCACAUUGUUUAGGACUUGUUACUUCUGCUAAUUUUUCUGGAAGCAUCAUGUUUGCUACUUCUAGUGGGUUUUGCCUCUCCCCUCACCUUGCUAUCUCUAGUGGUUUCCCCAAAAGAUUUUAAGCUAAAUGCUGUGAUACCUUUAUAUUUUCCAAUUACAUUGUGUCUUACUUUCCUCUACAAUAAUCUGUAUGCCUGGAUUUUUUAGAACAUCUUCUACAUCAUCACUCUGGCACUCAGAUGCUCAGUGGUGUUCCCAUUAACACAAAAGCAUUUGGGGCAAAGAUUUUAUGGUCAGAGGUAACAUUGAGGACUGGAAAUAUUUACUUAAUGUUUUAUAACAGGUGGACCUAGUUCCAAAAAACAACAACAAACUACUAUUUCUACCAGUCAUCGAUGAACAGAACACUGAACAUCUUUCUACUCCUAACACUCAACCUCUCUCCUCCCCCUUGAUUAUCGUAACAGCAACUCUCUCUCCCACCUAGGCGCAUACCACGGUAUUUGCUGCCUUCUGCACCUACUCUGCUGAAACGGGAGAAGGGAGGCUGAAAGCCCCUCCAGAAAGGCUUUCAGAGAACCUACUACUGCCACUAUUACUAGUGUGAAAAAUAACAAUUUUUGAAGGUGGAAUACAGAAGAGGUGCAAGUGAAAUGAAGUUGGCCCCAGGAGGUCAACUAACAAUUCAAGUUGUUUCUGCCCCUUUGUUUCCUCUGGUUCCAACUUAUAGCAGCAAGUGGCUCUGCUAGACUGACUUCAGUCCCAUCAGGAGAGCAGGAAGUCAUCUCCAGGAGAGGUUAGUUGGUAGCUAAGAGUGCUUUGCACUUAUUUGUGGUAUGGAUGUUGAGGAUAGAGAGCAAGUCAUUCUCAACAUAACAGGCAACUUCACUGGUAUCUCUUCAACUUUGUCUGCUUCAGUUUCUCUCCUGGGCCUUCCACCUGGCCUCAAUUUGUCCCUUAGCUGCAACCCCUGUAAUUCGCUUCCCUAGCUGACAGCUUGCCCUUUAAAAAAAAAAAAAGAGCAAGACAGCAAAUUAAUUCAUGUUAGCUUAAUGACCACAAAUUGAGCAGUUGAUCUGGAGACAUUACAUUGAAUCUACAAAGACAGAUGAGAUUCUACAAGCAUUUUACCAGACAUCCAUUCUAACUCUCUAGAGCAGGGGUGGGCAAACUUUUUGACUCGAGGGCCACAAUGGGUUCUUAAACUGGACCGGAGGGCCGGAACAAAAGCAUGGA